AUGACUAUCGAUGAGUAUCAAGCAAAAUAAAAUUUAACAUAUCUAGUGUAUUAUCCAUAAUAUUAUUAUGCUGACAAUAUUAAUAAUAUUACUUUGCUUAUUGAUCUUGAUGUAAUUCCAUGCACAGACUCUUCGCUUUCAGGAUUAAAUUGUAUAGAUUUUUCAAAAAUAAGCAAUUAAACUUUAGCGCUUGAUAUCAGUAAUAAAAUCUACUCCUCUUUACAAAUUAAUGUUUAUGGUUGUUUAGAUUUAGAUACCGUAAAGACUACUAUUCCUUCUAAUUGCGCUUAAUAGACUGACAUAGAUAAUAUUAUUAAUGGUAUAGAUUCAUAAUUGUAUCUAAAAAUGAAGACAUAGUAAUAUAACACAACUUCGAAGUAGAUUUAAACUAAUUAUAGAAAUAUCUAUAGCUAUGUGUUAUCAUCUUAAAUGGUUAUCAAUACUUUGAAGACAUAGACAUAGGAGACUUCAGUAAGCUAAGGGUUGAUUUUUUAAUAAAGUUAAAUCUAUUCUUCGCCUUAUUAAUAUAAUUAACUUAUUUAAAGUUUUGAUAGGCAACUAUCUUUAUAAGCAGGGCUAGGACCUUAUAUCUAAGAAAAUAUUUUGAUGGAUGAACUAUUACAAUAAUUCUAAAUUUAAUAUCCUACAAUCACAGAAAUUCUAGCCUUAGCGAACAGUAUUGCAUUUAUCGUAAUGUUUUCAAGAAUGAUUGGUAGGUUUUUCUCAAAAAGACUAAUUUAAGAAGACAUUUUUAUGCUUAUUUUCAGAAAUUUAUUUUAGGAAAAAAAUUAUUAAAUCUUAAAGCACAAUAAACUGAUUGAAUAACAGAUAGAUUUAUAUAUUUAAUCUUCGAAUGAUAGAAAUGUAAUAGAUAAUGAUUUAAUAGAGUAAGAAAUUCCAACAAAUAAAAAGAUUCCAGCUUUUGAAACUAAGUUUAGAGAUCAUGUAGAAAAAUAAUAGGUUUAGAUGAGUUAUUCAGAUAAAGAAGCUAUUAACUAUUAAACUUUCUUUACUUAAGAAGAAGACAUUAAAGAAUAAUAAAGCGAUGAAGCAAGAAAUUUAAAUAGAACAAAUUUAGGUAUCCUAAAUACAAUGUCAAGAAAAUUAAUAAGCAUUUAGAAUGAUUAAAGUUUUAAUAAAAGAGCAUAUAUAGAAACCAAAAAUUCUCUACCUUUUAAAUAAACAACUUAAAAAAGAAUAUCUAUUUUUUAGAAUAGAUAUUCUUCAUAAUCUGAAUAAAUAUAAACUCCUACUAGUAUUCAAAAUGCACUUAACUUAUCUUAUGAAUUGUAAAAAGAAAAACCUCCUUAAAAUAAAUAAAUACUUAAAGACAUAAUUUCUUCAAAAUUGAAAGCCUUACAUAGUAAUAAAAUGAAGCAUGCCAUUCAUAAUUUAAUAUUUAAAUUCAAGGCAUUUAAGUCUAAAGCGUUCCUUUUGUAUAAAGGUAUUGAUCAUAAAUAAAUAAUGCAUAUUGAUUAAGAAGCUAAAAGGAGCUAAAAUAUCUAUCAUCUUUAUGAAGAUAUAAUCUUCUUGAAAAAAGCUAUUUCAAUGCUUCUAAGCUAAGAAUAAUUAGCUGCAAUCAAACUUGUAAGUCUGACAGAUAAUUAUUUUAAUCUAGAUUUAAAAAGUGAAUAGAUUACUAAUCAAUAUAAAAUAAGUGAAUUAUCCCUAAAGAUUUGA